GGCACAUUUUGCCUUUGAAUCGUCACUGUGGGAUGACAACAAAAAAACUUGCUCCGGCUCAAAUCAGAAUUCACGGAAUUUGCAACGUACAGAACACAGUUUACUGCAGCAAUCAUGGACGUUAGCCAGCUGGAACAUUUGAUGCGUAAUUUAGCGAUUAAGGAGACGCGCACCAACAGCCUGGAUCUGCUGGAAAGUAAGCUAUCCGAUGUAAAUCAGGACAUCUACGAGACAAUGCUCUGCUCGGAGAGCCUCUUCAAGUUCCUGGCCGAGGCAGAUGCUGACCAGCACACAACAGCAUCCCGUAUCAUCUACGACAAAGCGCUCGAGUUCUUCCCCAACGGGUCGGCCUCGGUCAUCGAUCGGUUUUUAGAGCGCUGCCUGACCCAUCCAAAGAACUCGGUGAAGCAGUUUGGGUUGCGCGGUGCGGCCGCCAUGGUUUACAAUUCGGCCACCAUCACACCGAACACGGUGGAGCUCAUCAUUCAACACUGUCUCCCGAUGAAGGAGGUGUACGUGGACACGAUGCUGAACGUGCUGGUAAAAUGCUUGCCACCGAUCUUCACGGAACCGACCGUGCAGAACAAGCUGGUGUCGGUGUUGCAGUUCGACGAAACGGUGCGAUGCCGCGUGUACGAGGUCGUGUGCACAGUGCUUGAGCAGCAUCCGGCUUACAUGCAGAUCGCCAGCCCGGUCCUCGAGAGUGCACUGGCCGAUCUGGACAAGGAUGACGUGCUGCUGCAGUCGAGCGUGCUGCAGAUUCUGACGCAGCUGCUGACCACCAAGGAAGGGUUCGACUACAUCGAGGGGAUCGAUCUGUUCCGGAAGGUGUACGUGAACAUCGUUUCCGUCAAGGUCACCCCGUUCAUGCGCUUCGUGCUGCCAAAUGCGCUCAAGUUUUACGCCAGUGCGGCACUCAUCCAGCCGUCACUGUUUCUGCAGCGCCACCCGGCCACGGUGGACUUUAUUUUCGAUCAAAUCACGCCGGAAGAUCCAAUGCUGAUGGCAAUCGCGUACGACUGUCUGGGCAUGGUUGGCUCUACAAACGAGGGGAAAAUAUUCCUCAGCGAUAAUCAGAAGCUAAAGAUGGAGCAGUUCUUGAAAGAGUUCCCGGGCAUACUGCACUCAACGACCGACGUGUACAAGGUUCGCUUCAUCGAGUGCAUCACGUGUCUAAUGUCGGGCGGUGGCAGCGAAUCGAUCGACAAUCGAGUCACUUGCAUUACCCAGGAGUGGUACGAAACCAUGACGGAGAGCAAAGAUCUGGAAAUGGUGCAGACGCUGUUCAAGAACCCCUUCCCGGACAUAAAGAUGGCGUCGCUGAAGCUACUGUCCGCCAUAGUGGAUCAUCGCUGGGGUCAGCAGUUUUUCCAGAACACCGCUUGCUUCACGGAACAGCUGCUGAGCCGCCGGCUGGACACGCUGAACGUGAACGUGGCCCAGUUUAAGUAUGAUGUGAUAAAGAAGCUCUCCCUCUGCCCGACCCUGGAGCCCUUCGUGACCGAUGCGCUGAAGCAGUACGUAACGGCGGGCGCCUUCCACCGUGAAGCGCACGUGGAGGUCGUCAUCGAAGGCGGUCAGUGAGGGGGUGACUACUUCUUCUAUAUUUACAUGUCUCAUUAAUUUUUGUUUUGCAUUUUACACUUUUCCUAUCGUUUCCUGCUGAAGAAUAAACGUACGAAUUACAUGGACUGGAA